AUAUGUUCUUCCCCUUCUGAAAAGUACUACAGAAAGAAUAAAGUUUCAAAAGAAGUUACUGCAACUAGUGCCUUGGUAAAACUUCAUGCAAAAUUCAAAGAGAAGUUAGUUGAUAGAGCAGAGAGGGUGAGAGCUUCAAUGCCAAAGUACGAACCUCCUGUAAGAAAGACAAAAUUGAGAAAACUGAAACCUCCUAAAGCUGAUUGUGAUAGUGAGAGUUCUAGCAGUAGUGAAAACUCUUCUGAUGAUGAGGAAGAUACUGCGAUGGAAGAGCUGGAAAAAAAGAGAAAGCAUCCAUAUCGUCUUCACCAUGAAUUGUGGUAUAAUGAUCCCAAAGAGAUGAAUGAUGGUCCUUUGUGUAGAUGCAGUGCUAAAGCUAGACGAUCUGGAAUUCGUCAUGGUAUCUAUGCUGGGGAAGAGCAUUUACCUUUGUGUAAUCCCUUGAGUAAUAAUGCAAACAGAUUACAUCAUUAUAGAAUAACUAUGAAACCUCACACAAAUUUCCUGACUAGCUCUCCGACCAUCAUAUCUCAUGAAGGAAAAAAUUAUGUUUUCGAGGGAUUUUCAAUGUUUUCUCACUCACCUUUACCCAAACUUCCAAAUUGUAAAGUUAUCCGUUUUAAUUAUGAAUAUACCAUCUUGUACUUAGAAGAAGAUGGCCCUACUAAUUUUACAAUUCAGGGACUUGAAUUGUUUUCAAAGUUUCUACUGGUGGAAAUAUUAGAACUUGUAGAUUUGAAUUGGAAGGCUCAUGAUGAUCCAGAUGGUUGUCCUCGCUUCCAUUUUUUGCCUAGAUUUGCACGAGAAGUACAUGGUAACAAAAAAGAAUUGCUGUCAUUAAACGUUGUGUUACAGUACCUUCUACAUGCUAAUAAAUUGCUUGUUGAUGAAGCAAAGCUGCCUAAGAUUUUAGCUAAAAGCAGCCUUGAAUGGCAAGAUAUAGCCGAUGACGUGAAAGGAAUGAUUGUCACUUGUCCUGGUAUGAAGCCGUCUUCCAUACGUGUUGAUCAAUUCGAUAGAGAAAAAUGUGAAUCAAACACUUCAGAUUUCCCGGUUAUUGUGCAUUUUGGAGUUCGACCUCCACAGCUUAGUUAUGCUGGAAACCCACAGUACCAAAAAGCUUGGCGAGAAUACGUGAAAUUUCGUCAUUUGGUGGCUAAUAAACCUAAAGUCAAGUAUGUUGAUAGGCAUGAGUUAACUAAAAAAGAAAUGAAACUGCAAGAAAUGAGAUUGGAAAAUGAUUUAAAGCGAGAUGUUACUGUUGUCGUAAGCAGUAAAGGUUUCUAUAAAACUGGAAUCAUGAGUGAUAUAAUUCAGCAUGCCAUGGUUCUACCUGUUCUUGUUUGUCAUUUGAGGUUUCAUGAUUCUUUAAAGAUCUUAGAAGAUAAAAUUGGUUACCACUUUCAGGAUCGUUUCCUGCUGCAGCUUGCCUUGACACACCCUUCCUAUAGAGAAAACUUUGGUACAAAUCCAGACCAUGCCCGCAAUUCAUUAACUAACUGUGGAUUGAGGCAGCCUCAGUAUGGUGAUCGGCGCAUACAUUAUAAGAACACCAGAAAGAGAGGAAUAAAUACUUUAAUCAAUAUAAUGUCUCGAUUUGGAAGCCAGAAGGAGUCAGCAUCUUAUAUCAAUCACAAUGAGAGAUUAGAAUUUUUAGGUGAUGCUGUUGUGGAAUUUCUUUCUAGUAUACAUCUAUUCUACAUGUUUCCUGAUCUUGAAGAAGGAGGACUUGCUACUUAUCGUGCUGCAAUUGUACAAAAUCAGCACUUAGCACUUUUAGCUAAAAACCUUCAAUUAGAGAAGUUCAUGUUAUACGCACAUGGAUCUGAUUUGUGUCAUGAUUUGGAAUUGAGGCAUGCUAUGGCUAAUUGCUUUGAAGCAUUAAUGGGUGCUUUAUUUUUGGACAAUGGGAUAGAAGUUGCUGAUAAGGUGUUCGCCAUUACUUUGUUUACUGAACCACAACUUCUUGCUGUGUGGAAAAAUUACCCCCUUCAUCCUCUUCAGGAACAAGAACCUGGUGGUGAUAGAAGAUGGAUAGAAUCUGUUCCUUUGCUACAAAAGCUGCAUAAAUUUGAAGAAACUAUUGGCAUAGAAUUUACUCAUAUACGUCUGCUUGCAAGAUCUUUAACUCAUCGCAGCUUGGGAUACAAUAACUUGACUCUGGGCUCAAAUCAGAGGCUUGAAUUUUUGGGAGACACUGUACUUCAGCUGGUUGCAUCUGAGUAUCUUUAUAAAUUCUUCCCUGAGCAUCAUGAAGGACAUCUGUCUCUAUUGAGGAGCUCUCUUGUAAAUAAUCGAACUCAAGCAGUGGUUUGUCAAGAUUUAGGAAUGGUAGAAUAUGCUAUUUAUCCACAUGACAAAGUUGAGCUGAAACCCAAGGAUAAAGCAGAUCUACUAGAAGCUUUUCUGGGAGCUUUAUAUGUUGACAAAGAUCUUGGCUACUGCAGAAAGUUCUGUGAGGUUUGUUUCUUCCCAAGGCUACAGGAUUUUAUCAUGAAUCAAGACUGGAAUGAUCCAAAGUCGAAACUUCAGCAAUGUUGCCUUACCUUGCGCUCAAUGGAUGGUGGAGAGCCAGAUAUUCCAACAUAUAAAGUGAUUGAAUGCAUGGGCCCUACAAACACACGUGUGUAUUCUGUAGCAGUGUAUUUUCAAGGCAAUCGAUUGGCUGUUGGAUCUGGACAUAGCAUUCAGCAAGCUGAAAUGGAUGCAGCUAGUAAUGCUUUACAGAAAUCUAAAGAUCUGUUUCCUCAGUUAAAACAUCAGCAAAGAACCAUUGAGAGAAGCUUGGGACCCCGAAAGAAAACAUCCAGUUCUUCAAGACAAAAGCCUAAAUCAUGAGCUUAAGUUAUACCGAACAUAAACUCAGUAUUAUACUUAACAUAUAUAACAUGCAUAAGACAUGUAAGAUGAGUUUAAAAUAAUGAUGAAUGCAUUAUUAUGUAU